AUGCAGAUCCAAAAGCGAUUACUGUCAGAAGCCAAACUGAAGUAUUCCAAAGCUGUGGAGAUUGUUGUAGCAAUGGAAACUGCCAUCCGCGAUGCCUCAGAAUUACAAAGUGAGCUCAACCCCAACCCAGUCCCUCACGUUGACAAGUUGACUGAACACAACAAACCAACACCAGCGAAACCGACGACCACCCCCCCUUGCUACCGCUGUGGUGGGAACACACAUAUGACACACAAUUGUUUUUACAAGGACCAGAUCUGCCACCACUGUGGAAAACAGGGCCAUAUCCAGCGAGUUUGUCGUUCCAAACAGCAAGGCAAGCCUAAGCAA